GCAAAUUCAAUGGAUGGCUUUGCAGCAAAUGCAAUACCUGCUGCAAUGGUGUCAUCUGGAUUUCUUCCUGCAGGCUCCUUGCUGGAACUGCUGAUCCAGAUCUGCAAUGAACUGUCCUCGUUAGAGAAGAAAUCUUUCAUACAGAUAAAGAACAUUUCGAAUAUGGCGAGAAGGAUCAGACGCCUCUAUUCGUUGUUCGAAGAGGUUAGCGAAGUGGAUAAGCCUCUGCCGCCAUCGACAAUCCUCUGCCUCACCGAGCUCCUCUCUGUUUUCCAGAGAGUGAAGAUUCUGACUGAAAGUUGCAGAGAUGAUAGCCUGUUAUGGAACCUGUUGCAAACGGAAUAUAUAUCGAAUCAGUUCUAUGCAUUAGUGAAAAUGAUGGUUCGUGCACUUGAUAUAUUACCUUUGAGCUUGCUUCCAUUGACGGCUGACACCAGAGAGCAGGUUGAGCUUCUUCACAAGCAGGCGAAAAGAGAUCAAUUGUUCGUAGAUCAGAGGGAAAUACAAAGAAGGGAUGAGAUCAACCAGUUGAUGUCCAUAUUCAGCACCCAAAUUAACAAAAAGAACAAGGAAUUAAUCGAUUUACGAAGAGCUGGAGAUGUACUGGGCAGUGUUGGUUUGAGAAGCCCUUCGGAAUUUGAUGAAGAAAUGUCGAAACUAGAGGCAGAAGCUAAGAAGCAAGCCGGCACUGGCGGGCUGAUCGUCAUCUCCAAUAUAAAGAAUCUCAUAUCCUUAAUUUCUUUCGUAAAAUUGACAAUUUUCAGCCAAGAUGAUCAUCUGAAAGCUCAUGAGGAUCCGAAGAAGAGGAAAAUUCCAAUGCAUGGCGCCGGAUAUCAGCUCUCGCUUUCUCAUUCCAUGCCUGAUGAAUUCCGCUGCCCGAUUUCACUAGACUUGAUGAACGAUCCAGUUAUCAUCGCAUCGGGACAUACUUAUGAUAGGAAUUCCAUAGCACAGUGGAUCAAUACAGGGCAUCACACAUGUCCCAAAAGUGGGCAGAAGCUCAUACACAUGGCUCUCAUACCAAACUUUGCCCUGAAAAGCCUCAUACAUCAAUGGCGCCUGGAGAACAAUAUCCCAAUUCUCGAAUCCACUUCCUCUUCAGAUGUAGAAGGUAACACAUUGAAAAAGAGAUCAAGCGAAACAUUGAUCGAUCAUAUUUCAGCAACAAAAGGAGUUACAGAUGCUGUAAAGAUGACAGCUGAAUUCUUAGUCGGGAAACUAGCAACUGGAUCGGCAGACAUUCGAAGACAGGCGGCGUACGAACUUCGUUUACUAGCAAAAUCAGGAACGGAUAACCGAAGAAUAAUUGCCGAAGCAGGGGCUAUUCCAUUUCUCUCGACUCUUCUAUGUUCUCGCGACUCGCGAAUCCAGGAAAAUUCAGUCACUGCUCUACUCAACCUUUCCAUACACAACAACAACAAAGUUCUAAUAAUGGCAGCCGGCGCACUCGACAACAUUGUGGAAGUUCUGCAAUCAGGAUUAACCACGGAGGCGAAAGAGAAUGCAGCAGCCUCGAUCUUCAGCCUCUCACUAAUGGAUGAAUACAAGAUAACUAUCGGCGCACAUCCGAGAGUAAUUCCAGCAUUAGUGCAGCUUUUAGGAGAAGCAUCUGCAACCGGUAAAAGGGAUGCUGCGACCGCACUCUUCAACCUUGCAGUAAUUAGUGUUAACAGAGAAAAGGUUAUAUUGGCCGGAGCAGUUCCUCUGCUAAUUGGUCUGUUGACAGACGAUAAAGCAGGAAUCACAGAUGAUGCCUUAGCAUUGCUGGCACUUCUUCUUGGAUGUCCUGAAGGACUUGAAGAGAUAAAGAAGAAUAAGGUGUUCGUACCGAUUCUGAUUGAGCUUUUGAGAUUUGGAUCAUCCAAAGGUAAGGAAAAUUCGAUAACUCUGCUCCUGGGACUCUGCAAAGAUGGAGGAGAGGAAGUUGCAAGAAGGCUUUUGAUGAAUCCUCGCAGCAUUCCUUCUCUGCAGAGCUUGGCAACUGAUGGUUCAUUGCGAGCCCGGCGAAAAGCCCAUGCUGUCCUUAGAAUACUCAACAGAUACUGUUCUCAAAUCACAAAGACAGAUGGAUGAAUAACACAAAAUUGAUUGUUGAAAGAAUCUAUUUAUAGGUUGUAGGGAACUUUUACUUUGAUCAUAAAUAACAUUACAUACUGUAAUGUAGUAGCAUCUUCUUGAUGUUCUAAGAUGCUAACUUGGGUGGGGAAACAUUUAUUGUACAAAAGCAAUAAUUUCCUGAUGUAUCAUAUGCCCAAAUGUCGAUAUGCAAAAUAGGGAGAUGCAGUUCCCGACCACAUAUGUUUCACAUAUUGCUCAAACCUUGCAGUACUAG